CGUUUCCUCCUCCCUCAUGACCUUGCGUCUGCUCGCGCGACUCCUCCAAACACGCCGCUGCCUUUUAAAGCGCGAGACGGGCAUGAGCGCUGUCACUUUGACACUGAACGAGGCAGGCUCGGGAGCUUCCGUAGUCUCGUUCAUUUACCCCCCUUUUCGUUUCCCCUUUUCACCUCGUCGAUAACCCAUCAUCCUUUAAUUUCUUCUAUCUCCAUUGUACCGUAACUUUCAAAGCCUCUUGUCGCCAUGUACCGGUAUUUCGGGGAGCUGCUGACUCGCGGAGCGGGUAACGCUCUGGCCUCGGGAUGCGUCGAGUCCGCUCUGCCGGCUUCCUCAUCUCUGCUGAGGGUGCGUCACUACAGCGAUGCCGCUGACAAGGAAGAUGACCCGAACUUCUUCAGGAUGGUGGAGGGCUUCUUCGAUCGCGGCGCUGCUAUUGUGGAAAACAAGUUGGUGGAGGACCUGAAGACCCGGGAGACGCCGGAGCAGAAGAGACACCGUGUGCGGGGGAUCCUUAGGAUCAUCAAGCCCUGCAACCACGUCCUGAGCGUGUCCUUCCCCAUAAAGAGAGACAACGGAGAAUGGGAGGUUAUCGAGGGUUACCGGGCACAACACAGCCAGCACAGAACUCCCUGCAAAGGAGGUAUCCGAUACAGCAUGGAUGUGUCUGUGGAUGAAGUUAAAGCUUUGGCCUCCUUGAUGACAUACAAGUGUGCUGUUGUCGAUGUGCCAUUUGGUGGAGCUAAAGCUGGAGUGAAAAUCAACCCCAGGAAUUACUCUGAUAAUGAGUUGGAGAAAAUCACAAGAAGAUUCACCAUUGAGCUGGCCAAAAAGGGAUUCAUUGGACCUGGCAUCGACGUUCCCGCCCCUGACAUGAGCACUGGUGAGAGGGAAAUGUCCUGGAUCGCUGACACCUAUGCUAACACUAUUGCCCACACUGAUAUCAAUGCCCACGCCUGUGUGACGGGUAAACCCAUUAGCCAGGGUGGUAUCCAUGGCAGAAUCUCAGCCACUGGUCGUGGAGUCUUCCAUGGCAUUGAGAAUUUCAUCAAUGAAGCCUCUUACAUGAGCAAACUGGGCCUGACCCCUGGAUUUGCUGAUAAAACCUUUAUUAUUCAGGGUUUUGGUAAUGUAGGUCUGCAUUCCAUGCGUUACCUCCACCGUUAUGGUGCCAAGUGUGUGGGAAUUGCUGAAAUCGAUGGCAGCAUCUGGAACCCCAACGGCAUGGACCCCAAAGAGCUGGAGGACUACAAACUGCAACAUGGUACCAUUGUGGGCUUCCCCAACUCUCAGCCAUAUGAGGGGAACAUUCUGGAAGCUGAUUGUGAUAUCCUCAUUCCUGCAGCUGGAGAGAAACAGCUGACCAGGAAGAACGCUCACAAUAUCAAAGCUAAGAUUAUUGCUGAAGGCGCUAAUGGUCCCACCACACCAGAUGCUGACAAGAUCUUCAUAGAGAGGAACAUCAUGGUCAUUCCAGACAUGUACCUGAACGCUGGAGGUGUCACAGUCUCCUACUUUGAGUGGCUGAAGAACCUGAACCACGUCAGCUACGGUCGUCUGACCUUCAAGUAUGAGAGGGACUCCAACUACCACCUGCUGAUGUCUGUGCAAGAGAGUCUUGAAAGGAAGUUUGGAAAGCAGGGUGGCCCCAUCCCCAUUGUUCCCACUGCUGAUUUCCAGGCCCGCGUAGCUGGUGCCUCAGAGAAGGACAUUGUGCACUCUGGUCUUGCCUACACCAUGGAGAGGUCGGCCAGGCAAAUUAUGCGCACAGCAAACAAGUACAACCUUGGCUUGGAUUUGAGGACGGCAGCUUACGUCAACGCCAUCGAGAAGGUCUUCAAGGUGUACAAUGAGGCUGGCCUGACCUUUACAUAAAUGACCCAAACAAAAAGAAGAAAAAAACGUCCAUCAACCUCUUGAUUCCCCUUCACAACCUUUUUAACAUAUCAGAGUUUACAUCGGCCUAACCCCUACUUCCUCUAUUAAAACAGCCUCAUGCUGUCAUAUCCCAGAAACUCCGUCCUCAUAAGUUUGAGAACUAUAAAGCGGUUUAAUCUGUUCUGAGGCUGCAGUUUUCACUGCUUUGCUGUAUGCGACGUGUUCUCAAAACAAACUGGCGCCAAUAAUCAGGUUUCUCAAGUGUGUCUUGUUGUAACUUGUUUAUUUCGUCCCUGAUUUUUGUAUUGAUCCAUGGUAAAUGUAGGUGGUCCUCUUCAAAUGCAGCUGUAGCACACUGUUUUAAAUGUCUGUUGAUUUGUCAUGUUGGCCCUGGCUUCCUCUUGCCAUUAAAUUUUAGUUCAACUUGGUGCAUUUAUGUCCUGGUAGGUUUUAUUUGCUUUAUUCUUAUUGUUCAUUUUUGCAAACCAUUUAAACAUGGUUAUUGCUACAGUAAUGAAGAGCGUUAAAGAUGCCUUACACCUGUGAGCAGGAGUUUUAUACUCAGCGGAAUUAUUUUCUGUCAAUAGUUCAUGUAGUGCAUCACACAAAGGGAAACCCAGCCAUGAUUUGCCUCAUCUCAAUGUUUUGACCUAGAGAUGUAAUCAAGUUCUAGCUGACAAUGUGCAGUACAUUUAGGUACAGAUGUUUUUUGUAUCCGAGGCAGUUCACAACCCAUAACUUUUAGAGAUCUGCUAGUUGUUAAACCUAGAGGACCUGGGGCACUCGCACUUAAAUGAGAGCUGGAAGUUGCUCGCCAAGCUUAUCUGCACCUGUUUUGGGAAUUUGUAUUGCCUUUUUGUUGAGAAUAAAACAAAUGAUCAUAAUUUA